GGACGUUGAGGGGUUGCGGCUAGCGGACCCGACGCGCGCCGCGGCACCAUGAGCCAGCGGCAGGUGCUGCAAGUGUUCGAGCUGUACCAGAAUGCCCGGACCCGGUUUGUGCAGAUGGUGGCGGAGCAGGCGACCAGACCCCAGAACAUCGAGACACUGCAGAAUGCAGGUAUAAUGUCUUUGCUGCGGCCUCUUCUUCUGGACGUGGUUCCAAGCAUUCAGCAGACCGCUGCCUUGGCUCUGGGGAGGCUGGCCAACUACAAUGAUGACUUAGCAGAAGCAGUCGUGAAGGGUGACAUUCUUCCACAGCUUGUGUAUUCCUUGGCAGAGCAGAAUUGCGUCUACAAGAAGGCGGCUGCGUUUGUGCUGCGAGCAGUUGGUAAACACUCUCCUCAGCUGGCGCAGGCCACAGUUGACUGUGGUGCCCUGGACUCACUGGUGACCUGCUUGGAAGAUUUUGACCCUGGAGUCAAGGAGGCUGCAGCCUGGGCACUUGCAUAUAUUGCAAGGCACAAUGCAGAACUGUCACAAGCUGUGGUGGAUGCGGGAGCUGUUCCUCUUUUAGUACUCUGUAUCCAGGAGCCAGAGAUUGCUUUGAAAAGGAUCGCUGCCUCGGCCCUCAGUGAUAUCUCGAAGCAUUCACCACAGUUAGCACAGACGGUGGUGGACGUAGGAGCGAUUGCUCACUUAGCCCAGAUGAUCCUCAACCCUGAUGAGAAACUGAAGCAACAGGUCCUCUCAGCUCUGAGUCACAUCGCAAAGCACUCUGUGGACCUGGCAGAGAUGGUCGUAGAGGCAGAGAUUUUCCCAGUUGUUCUCACCUGUCUGAAGGACAAAGACGACUUCGUGAAGAAGAAUGCCUGUACUCUGAUUAGAGAGAUUGCAAAGCAUACGCCAGAGCUCUCGCAGCUGAUUGUUAAUGCCGGAGGUGUGGCUGCCGUGAUCGACUGCAUUGGGUCCUGCAAAGGGAACAUCCGGCUGCCUGGCAUCAUGAUGCUGGGUUACUUGGCUGCUCACUCUGAGAACCUGGCCAUGGCGGUGAUCAUCUCCAAGGGUGUACCCCAGUUGUCAGAUUGCCUGUCAGAAGAACCGGAAGAUCAUAUUAAGGCUGCGACUGCCUGGGCUCUAGGGCAGGUUGGGAGGCACACUCCAGAACAUGCUCGGGCUGUGGCCAUCACAAACACGCUGCCAGUGCUGCUGGCUUUGUACAUGUCCCCAGAGAGCUCUGAGGACCUGCAGGUGAAAAGUAAAAAGGCCAUAAAGAAUAUCAUUCAAAAAUGCACCUAUCUUCCAGCGCUUGAGCCGUUUCUCUAUGAUGCGCCUCCCAAUAUCCUGAAGUAUGUGGCUGGACAGUUCAGUAAGGUGCUGCCACAUGAUAGCAAAGCUCGUAGACUUUUUGUAACAAGUGGUGGACUUAAAAAGAUCCAAGAGAUAAAAGCAGAACCUGGUUCCAUCCUCCAAGAGUACAUCAACAACAUCAACAGCUGCUACCCAGAGGAAAUAGUAAGGUACUAUUCUCCUGGGUACUCAGACAUACUUCUGCAGAGGGUCGACAGUUAUCAGCCACCUUCGAACUGAACGAAGCAAUUACAAUACUCAGAUUCACAGGAGAGUAAGGAUAACAAUUGUUAAAGAUCUUUCUAAAGUGUCUGAAACAAGUACAUCCUAGUUUUCUUCGAUGUGGAAUAUUUUAAUAUUUUCUAUAUUUAUGCAAUCCUUUAGAAAUUAUUAGCUGAAAUAUAUGAAAAGACUAGUUAUAAUCAUUUACACAAAUAAAGAGGAGCUUAAAAGGCAA